AUGAUGCAUAAAUACUGUUUUGAAGCUCUUGAUCAAACUCUUAGAGAUAUUCUAAGAUUUAAAGACCCAUCAAAUUUUGAUCGGUCAUUUGGAGGUAAAACAAUUGUUCUUGGAGGUGACUUUAGACAAAUCUUGCCUGUAAUUACAAAAGGUACUAGGCAAGAGAUUGUUAAAGCAACUCUAAAUUCUUCAUAUUUGUGGCCGCACUAUCAGCUUUUAAAACUAACAACAAAUAUGAGAUUGCAAGAAAAUAGAGCUGGUGCAGAUUUGGAUGAUUUAAAACAAUUUUCUGAUUGGAUUUUGGCAAUAGGUGAUGGAAAGAUUGGAUGUUCCAUUGAUGGCAUUGAGAAAGUAGAAAUACCCGACGAUCUUAUCAUACAUAAUUGUGAUGAUCCAAUAUCUGGAAUGUUAGAAAGUACAUAUUCUGAUUUCUUGAGACAUUUCACAGAUAUAAAAUACCUUCAAGAAAAAGCAAUUCUUGCGCCAACUCUUCAGAUGGUGGAAUCGGUGAAUGAUUACAUGGUUUCUCUCAACAAUAGCCAGGAUAAAUCAUAUUUAAGUUCGGAUACAAUUUGUAUGUCCGAUCAUGCAUUUACAUCUUUGGAACAUAUACAUACACCUGAAUUCCUAAAUAGUAUUAAAUUUUCAGGUAUUCCAAAUCACUCUAUCACUUUGAAGGUAGGUGUUCCUGUGAUGUUGUUAAGAAAUAUAGAUCAAUCGUCAGGAUUGUGUAAUGGUACAAGAUUGAUCAUCAAAAAACUUGGAAAUCGGGUAAUUGAAGCCAGAGUAUUAUCAGGAAAAAUGGUUGGAGACAAAGUUUUUAUACCAAGAAUGACACUUACUCCAUCUGAUGCAAGAAUUCCUUUUAAGUUCCAAAGAAGGCAAUUUCCAGUCAUUCUAUCUUUUGCCAUGACCAUCAAUAAAAGUCAAGGUCAAUCAUUAUGUAAUGUAGGAUUAUUUUUGAAGAAGCCAGUGUUUACUCAGGGACAACUAUACGCUGCAUUUUCAAAAGUAACAAGUAGAAAAGGGUUGAAGAUCGUAUGUUAUGAUGAAAAUAGGAAAGUAACAAAUGAAGCUACAAAUGUAGUGUAUAAAGAAGUUUUCCGAAAUUUAGAGGAUAGAAGUUUUGAAUGA